GCUUUACUUCCUGGUCUACGAGGCCAUCACCCGUAGCUUGGGAAAGUCCGACUUCGCCAGCUUUGUUGCCGGAGGCUGUGCAGGGGCAACUGCCUGGGGCUGCAUUUAUCCGAUGGACGUCAUCAAGACGCGGUGGUCUACGGAUCCUCCUGGAACUUACCAUUCCUUGCUUCAUUGCCUUAGGACUACCAUCCGAGAUGAUUGGCGAGUUCUUUUCAAUGGCUUUGCGGCCACGAUUGCUCGGGCUUGGCCGCAACACGCCGUUGUGUUCUGCACGUACGAGCUGAUAAAGAACAGCCUUGCCAAGUGA